UCAUCUCAAUUUGAAACGGAUAAUUUGAAACGGAGAGAGUAAUUAGUUGUUGUUGUUUAACUCAAAUCCUUUCCCAUUGCUUUCUAUUACUCCUAUAAAGAAAAGGAACUAACACUUAAUCUGCAACACAAUAAUGUCUUGCUGUUCAGAAUUAAAUUUUGUCAACUAUGGUUUCCUUAUCAUAAGUGCCAUUUUGUGUAUCAUCUUCAGUAGUUUCAUCAAGUCUAUCAUCAAUUUCAUCAAGGAUAGAUUCCAUUAUUUUCACAACCAAGCUAGUGAUGCAGGAGGAGAGCCUCAGAAAGUAUCACCAGUUGAGGUACGCGCAAACAUGUCCUUGGAUGAUAUAAAUAUACUGACCGGGAACUUUGGGGAGAAAGCUCUGAUAGCCGAGGGAUCUUAUGGCCGCGUCUAUGGUGCUAAAUUGAGCAAUGGCCAGCAAGCAGCAAUAAAGCAAUUGGAUGCAAAUUUUUCUCCAGAAUCAGAAACUGCUUUCGCGGAACAGGUACAAAUGGUUUCAAGACUCAAGCAUGAACAUUUUGUGACUCUGAUGGGUUAUUGCUUAGAAGCAAACAACCGUAUCCUUGUUUACGAGUUUGCAACCAUGGGCACAUGGUACGUCGACAGUUCAUUCAGGUCAGGUCUAGCAAUGUAUUGGAUCAUAAGUGAUUAUUGGAUGUUCUGUUGUAUAGGUAGAAAAGGAGCACAAAGUGCUGAGCCUGGUUCAGUUCUUACCUGGAAUCAGAGAAUGAAAAUUGCUUGUGGUGUAGCUAGUGGCCUGGAAUAUCUACACCAAAAGGUUGAACCACCAAUUAUUCAUCGCGAUGUAAGAUCCAGCAAUGUACUACUGUUUGAUGAUUUUACAGCAAAGGUUGCUGAUUUCGACUUGAGAAAUCAGUCUUCAGAGCAUUCCACUAGAGAUCGGGAGUCUUUUGGCUACCAUGGUCCAGAGUAUGCCAUGGGAGAAACGAUAACAGAUAAAAGUGAUGUUUAUAGUUUUGGAGUUGUUCUCUUAGAACUGUUGACAGGAAGGAAGCCAGUAGAUUAUACAAUGCCUGAAGGAGAACAAAGUCUUGUCACAUGGGCAACUCCACUAUUAAGUGAUGAUAAAGUGAAGGAGUGUGUUGAUCCAAAACUAAAUAAUGAGUACCCUCCAAGGGCAAUUGCUAAGGUUGCAGCACUUGUGGGACUUUGUGAUCAAGACAAGCCACUUUUCCGACCAAACAUGGCAAUUAUGGUCAAGGCACUGCAGCCACUUCUCAAUGCAGAUUAAACCAGCAAGAUCAGAACCUUGUUCUACAACAUUCUCGAUUGAAACAGGCAGACAUAAGCGGAUUCAGAGUUUAAAAUUUACAUGUACCCGUAAUAGAUACUGUGGAUCUGCCCUUGCAAGCAGGGGCUAGUUUUCAAUAUCAAGAAGGUUGUGGUACAUGUAAAAGGAUCCUAGAACUAGCAGAAAAAAUGCCAUUUCUCUUAAUUCAUGUGUUGUUCUACAAGUUGAAGCCACAACUUACCUGCAUUAAACUGUUGACCUGCACAGACAGAAAUGAGAGAUCUGGUUUUGUAGCCUUCUACAAACUUGUUUUAAAUUUAUUUAUGAGUGAUCUUCAUUUUCACACACAAAAGAUUUUAUUUUUUACACUUAAAAAGAGAUCUGAAAAGGUCAUUUUCUACUAUUCAACUUGUAUG